UGAAAUAUUUCCUUGUACACAACACCAGAGGCAACAUACUACCUGACUGCAUCUGCUUAUACAUGGCUGUGGUGUUUAAAUCUCGUGGUUCUCAAGUCAGCAUUGAAGUUGGUGAAUAUGAGCAGUUUCCGAAAAAUGGACAUGGAGACAUGACAGAAAAGGCUCUGCCAAGCAAGAAAGAAGAGAUCUGUCCACAGGGCUGGCUACAGUUUAACUUCAGUUGUUACUACAUUUCCUCCAUGAGGAAGGGUUGGGACGACAGCCGUCAGGACUGUCUGCAAAGAGAUGCUGACCUGGUUAUCAUCAACGGCAGAGAGGAACAGGCUUUCCUCACUGGGUUCACCAAAGCAGCAUGGAUUGGAAUGUCUGACAAGGACAAGGAGGGGAUUUGGAUCUGGGUGAAUGGCACACCAGUCAACAAAGACAGGUUAGAAUGGGCCCCUGGACAGCCUGAUGGAGCGUUUGGAGGAGAAGACUGUGGUGAUAUUCGUACGAUGAUGAAUUUUAUUGGUUUGAAUGACUCUAACUGUAGUGUCAGAUCCCAAUGGAUCUGUGAGAAAACACUGAGGUAGCGAUACUUUCUGUGAUUCAUUUUAUCCAUCAUUAUUUUUGCACUCAUUCAGCGAUCCCAAUAUUUCCUCCGAAAACAAACUUUGGGCCCUGAUUUCAUGCCCAGCGCUAUACCUGGUACAAGUAAAUGUGAAGGUUUGCGCCGUUGCGCGUCUUUGUGGGAGGGAACACAGCCAACUUGUCUGCCAUCCUAAAGAAGCUGGUCCCCUCAUUCCCUAUAAUUUCAUCGCGGUCUACAUGGCAUUGAGAUGCAGGACCUUUGAGCGUGCAAAGUACAUUUAAAAGCAACUUCAAUAAGAUCUCCGCUUGCGGAUGACGUCAAAUUACCAGCAGCCACUGGGAAAGGGAACAUGUGACCACCAUGUGAGUUUGUGUUGGCAACUCCAUUCCGCCACCCACCGCUAGUCAUGCCGUGCUUUUAAGAAAUAUUUUUAAGAUUUCAAU